AAACCAAUUACUGCUCUUUCCCACCUCUCUUCUCCUUCUGGUUCUUUUAAUUAAAUCAUCCUUUGAAUUUCCUGUAGUUAGAUCUCUCAGAUUCUCUGGAUUGGAGAGAUACCCAGAAGGAGAAAGAUAUGUACGGAUUCGAGGCCAUGACAUUCAACAUCCAUGGAGGUUAUCUUGAGGCGAUCGUCAGGGGACACCGGGCGGGCCUUCUCACCGCUGCCGAUUACAACAAUCUCUGCCAGUGUGAGACCCUCGACGACAUCAAGAUGCACCUCUCUGCCACCGAGUACGGCCCGUACCUUCAAAACGAGCCUUCCCCAUUGCACACGACUACAAUUGUGGAGAAAUGCACCCUUAAGCUGGUUGAUGAGUACAAGCACAUGCUAUGCCAAGCCACAGAGCCGCUGUCAACUUUUCUUGAGUAUAUCACAUAUGGGCACAUGAUUGACAAUGUUGUCUUGAUUGUCACUGGAACUUUGCACGAGAGAGAUGUUAAUGAACUAUUAGAGAAAUGCCACCCUCUUGGCAUGUUUGACAGCAUCGCUACCCUUGCUGUUGCGCAGAAUAUGCGUGAGCUUUACAGGUUGGUGCUUGUGGACACACCACUGGCUCCCUACUUCUCUGAAUGUAUUACUUCUGAGGACUUGGAUGACAUGAACAUAGAGAUUAUGAGGAACACCCUCUACAAGGCCUACCUUGAGGACUUCUACAGAUUUUGUCAGAAACUUGGCGGUGCUACAGCAGAGAUCAUGUCUGAUCUUCUUGCCUUUGAGGCGGACAGAAGGGCUGUCAAUAUUACCAUAAAUAGCAUUGGCACUGAGCUUACUCGGGAUGAUCGCAGGAAAUUGUAUUCUAGCUUCGGUCUACUUUAUCCCUAUGGCCAUGAGGAACUUGCUGUCUGUGAGGAUAUAGAUCAGGUUCGUGGUGUUAUGGAAAAAUACCCUCCUUAUCAGUCCAUAUUCUCCAAGUUAUCCUAUGGAGAGAGCCAGAUGCUUGACAAGGCAUUUUAUGAAGAAGAGGUGAAAAGGCUUUGCUUAGCCUUUGAGCAGCAGUUUCACUAUGGGGUGUUCUUUGCAUACAUGAGGUUAAGAGAGCAGGAGAUCAGGAACCUGAUGUGGAUAUCGGAAUGUGUUGCGCAGAAUCAGAAAUCGAGAGUUCAUGACAGUGUGGUCUUCAUAUUUUAGCUUUGUUGGUUUUGCAAAUGGGUAGAAAUGAACGUUUGGCCUUCUGCUUAAUCUGCUGUAUAUCAUCAUCCAUUCACUGCAGUAUCCAUUUGAUUAAUUUCGGCUGCAGGAAUCGAAAUACCUGCACUGUAUGUGAGCUGUGUUAGACAUAAAAUUUUUAUGUCAAGGGGAAAUUAACUCUUGGAUUCAGUCUUUGUGACAUCAAAUGUGUUAAUGGUUGUUAGAGGAUGGAUCUAUUAUUGUAUUUGAUAAUAAAUGCAACGUGCUUGUGACGUGCUGCCUCUAUUUAGUGGGAUUA